AAAAAUAGUUAUAAAGCAUAUAAUCCUGAAGAUACAUUAGAGUUAGAUUAUAAUCCUGCAACAAAUAUUACUGCUGCAUAUAGUCAUUUUGAUGGAAAUGAUAAUAUUGAAAUUAAAUAUCCAAGAAAAAAACAAUCAUUAGCUGAAUUAGAAAAUCGAAUCUAUCGACCAUCCAUUUCAUCAGUAAAUCGUGCAAAUUCUGAAACAUCAUCAAAUUAUUAUCGAUCUCCAUCGAGAACUCGUUCAAAAAUGUUAUUCAAAAAAAGACAUUCUCACCCUAGAAAAAAAUCCUCAAAUGGUUCAUUUACAACUCGAGCAACAAAAACAUUUUCAUAUCCAUCAAAUGAUAAUGAACUUACUUCGAAAGUAUCAACAAGAGCAUCACAAUCAAUACGUGUUACACGUAUGCUUGUUCUUGUUUCAACAUGUUUUCUUAUUCUUAAUGCUCCUGCACAUUUAUUUGCAAUUGCAACUAAAAUUUAUACAGUCAUCAUCGAAAGAAUACUAACUGAACAACUUAAUCAAAAUAAAGAUUUAAAAACAGAACUUUCAAUACAUUUUAAUGCAACAAAUACGUCUUCACUAUUACAACAUGGAACAACACAUGAAGAUAAAUUAGCUAUACAUAUACUUUAUAUGGGAGUUACAUUAACACAUUUUGUAUCAUAUGCAUCGUAUUCAAUAAAUUUUUUUCUUUAUUCAUUUAGUGGAAUUGCUUUUCGAACAAGUCUUGGACAAUUAAUUAAUAAACUACGAAGAUUUUAA